GAUUGUUGCUGCAAGUCUGGUAGUUAGCAGCUCCUCUCGCAGAGCAUGUUGGAAUUCCGUUGAUUUAAAUGGCGCUCAAGGUGCACCUGUGUGAAGCCGGAGGCGGGGGAUUCGGAGAACGGGAGAAUCUAGUGAGGACGCUGGGCGUAGCGGCGACGAAAUGAAGCAUGCAGCAUGCGUGGUAGCGGUGUCACGGCUGCGCGGUCCUGCCUUCAACCCCUGGUGUCCGCCAGCCGCUACCUCGCCGUUCAAGCCCUUCCUGGUGAUCCUCUUUACUUCGUCGUUGAGGCGAAGUCGAGAGUAAAAGAAGUGUACGCGCAGACAUGCAUGCUUCUUGGCCAGCAGGGCAUGCGAGAUUGCGAACUGUUCGGUCUGGCAAUACUAUCCGACGGCGAGUACCUGUUCGUCGAUCCCGAGAAUAAAUUAAGCAAAUACGCACCGAAGAACUGGCGAAGUUCUCAUACAUACGGCUUAGACAGCAGUGGACGGCCAGCUUUCGUCCUUUACUUUCGCGUUCGUUACUACGUCGACACACCGUUGCUAUUAAGCGAUGAGACGACGCGCCACCACUAUUACCUGCAACUGCGGGACAAUGUCGUCAGGCAUGGGGGUGGGGUGGAGAGCCUCCAUCCUCACCAUCCCUUACACGAGCCAACUAUCGUCACACAUUUGCUCACACUCGCGGGCCUUGCCCUACAAGCCGAUCUUGGGGACCACUCCGAAGAACGACACAGGCCACACGCAGGAUCUGUGGGAUACUGCAAGCCCACGGAUUACCUUCCGCCUCACAUGUGCCUCGAGUCAAAUGUGCUCGCCGUGCUCGCGGCUCAGCAUAGGGACAACCGGGGCCUGUCGAGGGAGGAGGCAGAGCUGCAAUACAUCCGGGAGGCGGUGCUGCUGGAGGCGCCGCUCAACGCUCACCUCUAUCGACUCAGACGAAGCAAGAACGAGCCUGGCCCUGGACGCAUACUCCUCGCGAUAUGUGCUCGCGGGGUGCGAGUCUACGCCGAGGAGGAGACACCGCGGGUCUUCGCCUGGAACAACAUCGGCAAACUCUGCUUCGACCGCAAGAAGUUCGAGAUACGCGCUGUCGAUCAGCCGGACAAGCUCACUCUCUACAGCGGAUGCGACGACAAAAGCAAGCUUCUUCUGGGACUCUGUCGAGACACCCAUCAGUUCUCCAUGGCCAUAGCACCUCGGGUGAACGAAGCGAAAAGGCGCGAGGAGGAAGAAAGGAAGGUUCUCCGCGAUUGCUACAUGUAUCCCGCUCGAUGCAAACUGAGUUUGACGGCACGCGGGGCGCGCGGUGACCAACGAAUAUCUGUUAUCUCGAGCACUUCAUCCAACACGACUUCUGGAAUUGUCAGCGACCGGGUUCACAGCGAGGACGAGCCAGAUACGGCGCCCGCUUCGACCGAAUGUCUGCCACGACUUACUGAAAAUACUUCACAUACUGGCGUUCAGUGCACCGUCGUCAACGGGACCAAUGCGGACGUCGAGGAUCGUUCUAUGCCACCGUCGCCGGUCUCCACCGUGGAUGAAGUCGACGGAACAGACAGCACACCUACGACGGCUGCUCUGAGGCUGGCGUCGAAUACAGCAACGGCCGCCGAGGGAUCACAAUGUAGCAGCAGCUGCAGCACGGUCGUGGUCGUUAAUGCACCUGCUGGUGGACCGCCUCGAAUGAGGCGCACUUCGGCAACAUCCAGUCUGGAGCUGGGUUAUUCGCAUACGGCACAGAAUUCAGCGGUUUCGUCGGAAACCGCUAGCUUUCCUGGCGCCAUUUACGACAGGUGCAAAAAAACUGGAAAAUAUGCAGGUACAGAUAUUGCGAGCGAGACCAGCGGUGUGUACACUCUAAGAAGCAGCGAAAUGCAAGACGAACGAAUAGGUGACCUGUACUCACCGACCGGAGACGCGAACGAAUCGUCAACGGCGAGCGACGUGUGCGCCUUGAGCUCCGUGCAGUCGACGACCGACGAGGCAUCGGUGACAUCAGGCUUCUACACCAUCCACAGCGGGCUUCGAUCCGAAACGAGCGACGUUUACACGGAAGAUGUCAGCACGGAGGAGCAGGAGCCCAUAUACAGCAUUUGCAAAGGUGACGACGAUGUCGCGAACGUGGUGUCCACGAUGACGGCGGUCGCCCUGGACCAGCAGCUCGACGAUCCCAGGUCGCGCAGCAACAGCAUACUAAGUGCAGGUAGCUUCAGAGGCGACGGUAGCGAUCCUUCCAGCGUGGGACCGCUGUUGUCAGCCGACGAACUGUCGGAUCUGAUCGUGGGACGUUAUCCACCCCGGAAGACCAUCAGCAACUCCAUGGACUCCGACUGCGACUACGUCACCAUGCCUCCGCCACCGCCGCCGCCGCGAACGGACAGCGACAGGCAGCUUCCUCCGCCGCCUCCCUAUCCAUCCAGCAUGGAUUACGCGACAAUCAACUCGUCGCGGUCCAAGAUACCGGAUAUAGAACGAGAGCCACCGCCUCCACCGCCGUACAACGCGACUCGCGGCGAAUUCGUACCCCUGCCGCCCAGGAGGACCGAUCCACCGCCGCCGCCGCCGCCUUACACGUCGCCACGAGAAAGAAUCCAGAUACCACCGCCCACGCCUCCUAGAAACGACGCUGUAACCCCCAGGGAACCGCCGCCACCGCCGCCGUACCCCGAGGUCUCGGAGGUCACGCGCCAAGAGGCGAUCUCCACUCUCUAUCCAACCAACAGCGAAGAGAUCGUCUCAAGGGUCACGUCUACGAAGAUCCAAACCGGCCUGGCUAACAGCAAGGCGAACAUCGGUCUCACGUCGUCCAAGACCAUCGCCAGCCAGAUCAACGACGUCGCCUUGAUCGCGCCGAAACCACCACCCAGGAUCCAACCGCCCACUUAUCCCGGUGACAAAAUGAAACCCACGCCUGUUCACGCUCCUGUCGCGGCCCUCGUCGUGGGACCGAAUAAUUACUUGGACGUGCACGCCUCGCGAGGCGGUCCUGUUCUGUUGCCUUACUUGACACCACCGCCGCCCCCGCCACCCCCGCCGCCGCCGAUGGUUCACCCCAGACAACCACCACCGCCGCCGCCCAGCUUGGCCACCGUUUACACCAGCCAAGUCGCCAGGUCCCAGAUCGAACAGUAUAAACAACAGCUCUAUUCCGACGUCGACUACGUCAUGUUCCCUCUGAAGGACCCCGCUGUGUCCAAGCAAGAGUACAUAGACGCGAAGCAAGGCUCUCUUCUGGCUGCGAUGGCCGCCUACCCUCCACCACCUUAUCCUUCCUUCAACAACAAGUCGUUGGUGAUGUAUCGCAGCACGCCGUACCUACCCGGCUCCUCCUACUCCUCCCCUUCGAAAUACGCGUCUAAUCAAAACCUUAGUAGCAGCGAUACAAGCUCUACUAAUUACCUGCCGCACAGCAAUCUGAGCAGCCACUACGCUGCUAGCACCAGCUCGCUGUACAGCGGAGCCACUUGCUCGUCGGCAGGGAGUCAAAGCCUCCGACGAGAACCACCGGCACCGGCUCAUCCUCACACACUUCACGCGUUCUCGAGGACCAGAAGCGACGAGAACAUCUUGAAGUGCUUCGACUCGCCUUCCAGCAUCAAGUUACAGUCCCUGCCGCAGCUCAAGCACCGCAGGCUGCCGCCCCCACCGCCGCCGCCUCCUUAUGAGAUACAGUCGGUAUAA